AUGCAGCCUCAACCUUAUCAGCAGACCUUAGGAGGGCCCUGGAAACAGGGAGCAGCUAAUCGUGGUAUCCAUGCUGCAUCAAUUGCGGUGAGGAACCACCCUCAGGAGUUGGCUCUGAUGCAGCAGCUAGUAAGGCUUCAACAAGAGAACGCGAGCCUUAGAGGCUACGCAGAGAGGGUAACCAAAGAGCUUAGAAGUGCUCGUCUGUCCCAAGCUGUGGCAGCUGCCGCUGCUGGAGCAGGUGGUGAUGCUCCUACCCGAGCCUCUGCACUGGCAGCAGAGCUCCAACAGCAGGCAGAAGCGCUGCCACUACCUCCCUGGUGUCUGAACAUGCAGCUCGUUAGCCCACUACUUGCUGCGUACGACGAAAGGAUACUGGAACUUCAAGAGGAAUCAAAGGAAAAGGAAAAGGUAAUUGAAGGAUUCAGCGCGAGAGUGGCAGUAGUAACGAGAGAAAACGAACAGCUAGCAGAAGAGCUUCGCAGCAAGACAGCACGCCUCCAGCAACUCUUUGAGGCAGAGGCUGGAGGCUCUUUAGGCGGAAAUGGAGGAGGAAAAACGUACAACUCUCUCUUGCAGGAAAGAAAUGAGUUGGAAGAGCUCUAUACCUUGACGUCUGAACAAAGCGAGAGCGAAUCUGCGCUGGAGGAGAUGAGGGUGGCGAUCGCGGAGACGGAGAGGCGGGCUGCUGCAGUUGCUGCAAAGGAAGAGUCACUGACUAAGCAGGAGGACACAGUAGCAAAACAGGCCCUGCAGUUGCAGGAGGUCCUGGAGCAGAAGAAGGAGCUGUCCAGGAAACUUGCUUUGGCAGAAAAGGAAGCGGAAAGGCUUUCUGCUACACUGGCAGACGCGGUGAAACAACAGGAACUCCUGCAAAAAGAGCUGGAGAGAGAACGCUCUGGAGCUGAGGCAGCUGCCACGCUACAAAAAGAGCUUGAUGCUUUGAAACAACAAACGGAAACAGCAGUCAGGGAGACAGCUGCUGCAAAGGAGGUGGCGGACUAUUUGGAACAAAGACUCUCAGCUCAAGCACGAGAGACUGAAGAAGCGCGGAAGCAGGCAGAGACCACCACGCAACAGCUCCAUGCUGCAGUAGUUGAGAAAGAGAGAGCAGUUGCAAGCGCAGCGCUGCUGCAGCACCAUCUUGACCAGCUAAGGGGGCAGCAUGAGGCGGAGAUACAAAUUUUACGGACUGCGCAGGGCGACACUUUGGAGAAGAGAGCGUUGCAGGCCGAAGAGCUAUCAGAAAAGCUGAGGCUGCAGCUAGAGGCGCUGCAACGAGCACACGGAGAGGCAGUGGUCAAGCUGGAGACUGCAGAAAGGAGAGCUGCCGCAGCAAGCGCAGAUGCUACACAGGCAAGGAAUGAGCUUGCUUCGUCGGCAAAGCAUCACCGGACUGUACAGCAGCACCAGCAACAAGCGCAAGCAGCAGCAGAAGCUGAAGUUGCAAGGUUGAAGGAAUCGUUAAAUUCACAAAGCAAGGACGCUGCAUCAAAGGCAGCAGCAUUGGCGGCUUCCAAAAGGCAGCUGGAGGACAGCCUUGCAGCAGCAGAAACCGGCCGUCUUGCGUUACAACAGGAGCAUGCUCUCCUGCAGCAGAAGUGUGAUCAACUUCAAGAGGCCUGUAACGCCCAACAGCAGCAGUUAGCUGAUGCUGCAGCACGGCUAGCAGCAACAGAGGCCGAGAGGGACGCGGCUAAACGCAGGGCUGAGAGGGAGACUGCAGACGCCAAAAGGCGAUUUGAGAGUCUGACUGCUUUGGCAGAAGCAAAGGCGGCGAGAAUACAGGAAGCUGCAGACAGACGGCAGACAGCGGCAGCGCAGAGACUGAUGGAGGAACAACAGCGGCAAGAACGAAUGAGAAGAGAGUCUGAGGACCAAAGGCAACGCCUUCAGCAGCAGCUUGCAAAGGCUGUUGCAGCAAAUGCAGCAUUAAGACAGAAAGUAAAUGAACUUUUGAAUGGCCUUGACAAGGCACUUCUCCCAGAAACACUACUAGAUGAGGAAGUGGAGUCAGAGAUGUCUCCAUAG